AUGAUUGGCAGUCUUCUUUAUCUAACUGCAAGUAGACCAGACAUUGCUUUUAGUGUGGGAGUAGGUGCUAGGUUCCAAAGUGAUCCAAAAGAAUCUCAUCUCAUUGGUGUAAAGAGAAUCAUCAAGUAUGUAAGUGGUACCAUUGAUUUUGGUUUGUGGUAUACUUAUGAUACUAAUUAUGAUUUAGUUGGUUUUAGUGAUGCUAAUUGGGUUGGAUGUUGUGAUGAUAGGAAGAGUACAUCUGGGGGAGUCUUCUAUAUCAGGAACAAUCUUGUUGCUUGGCAUAGCAAGAAACAAAAUUAUGUGUCCAUGUCCACUGCUGAGGCAGAAUAUGCAGCAGCUGAAAGUUACUGCACUCAACUUCUCUUGAUGAAACAAAUGUUGUUUGACUAUGAUUUUUGUCUUUCGAUAUUUAUGUCUACUGUGACAACAUUAGUGCCAUUUAUAUCUCAUAAAAUCUUGUCCAACACUCAAGAAUUAAGCACAUAG